AUGUCGUCCACCACCACCGCCGCCAGCGCGACCCCGUCCGUCGCCUGCUCCUCCAACCUCUACGACAUCCCCGUGACCGACGCAGCCUGCGCCGUGGCCUUCGGCGGCAACCACACCGACGUCAUGUCCGGGUGCUGCAAGUCGGCCGACGUGGUCAGCUACUACGACGACUGCGGGCUGUACUGCCUCGCCGCCGACCAGAGCGUCAAGGCCCUGCAGGACUGCCUGUUCGCCGGCGGCAUGGCCUGGCAGUCAGUAUUCUGCAACGCCGGGGUGAACGCGACCGCCACUGCCACCGACGCGUCUGUCCCGGCCACCGCGCAGGCCAGUGUUGUUUCGAGCGGCGACUCGAGCAGCUCGGAUGGCGGUGACGAUGGGAAGGGCGGUUCGGAUUCGAGCCCUACGUCUUCUGAGGGUGCGGGCCCGAGGCUUCAGCCUGACUUUAGUGUGAGCAAGCUCGGCCUUACCAUCGGCGCGCUGCUCUUCUCGGCGACGGCCCUCGGGGCUUUCCAGCUGUAA